AUGCUACAACUGGAAUUCAAGAAGUGGGAAUUGGAUCUUUUUGAGUACACAGAGCGCACGGCUCAAUGGAUGGCUUUUGUUGCGCUUUACGUUGACGACUUGAUCCUCGCAAGUAGCAGCAUCAAGAUGCUUCAAGAAACAAAAGAAGCGCUUAGCGAGCGAUUCGAGAUGACCGAUAUGGGUCAGCUCAACCUUAAUGAAGUGGUGACAAGCGAUGCAGUCAAAAUUCUUGAGGACAAUCAAGGCUUUAUUGCGCUUGCGAAGAACUCCGAGUUUCACAUGCGCACAAAGCAUAUCGACAAUCGUAACCGUUUUGAACGUGAGAAGGUUGAAGACGGCCAAGUUGCUCUCGAGUACAUUUCGACGUCGGACAUGCUGGCGGAUAUAAUGACCAAGGCUGCUCCUGCAAGUCAGUUUUGUAGUCUUCGAAGUAAGCUCGGCAUUUAA